AUGGCAGGGAGGUGUUACUUGCUGAGUGUGAGCAAUCUCGUGGGCGCGUGGUUCGAGGUGGGAAGCAGCGCGCUGCACAAAUUCAGCACGGCGAGCGGCCUGUCGUGCAACGCCGCCAAGUACUCCGCGCUCGCCACCGCCACUGACGGCAGCAACGUCGCUGGGUUUCUCAGUCGCGGCCUUCGCACCGUCAGUCCGUUACGAGCCGAUCAGGUGUGGCGCAUAUCCGCAGCAGCAGGGCGCAUCUCGCGCAACCUGCGCCGUGUGUGCGAGGCGGCCGUUUACAGCGCCAGGGCGCACGCGUCCCUGCAGGCGAUGCUUGUGCCGGGGCCUCAGGGGGUGGGUGGCGGGGUAAACAGCAGCGGGACUACGCCCACUAGUGACAGCAGCAGUAACAGCACGAGCCCGUUUUCCCAGCAAGCCAACGGAACUGCGCUUGCAGCUGUGGGCAUACUGGCUGCGUCUGGCGCCACCCUGUCACAGCAGGCCCUCGCGAUCUACAAUCAGCUGGGAGCGCUGCAGCAGCAUAACAACCGCGCCAGCACAUUCAACGACCCGCAGGACCCCGGGCUGGACGUCACGAAGCAAGGGCUCGCAGACGCAGCCAACCGCAUCAUUGCUGCUGCUGGAAGGGCUCAGCGCGCAGGGAUGAGGGGAAGCCUGGCGGUGCUGCAGAUGCAGCUCAUGCUGCCCGCUGCCAACAGCAGUGCCGCCACCCGGUUCACAUCCCGGCUCUCUGGUUUCCUGGGGCGCGCGUCUUGGGAACUGGGAGUGAGAGGGAAGGUGGGCCUGGCGACGACUGUGAUUCGCCUGCUGGCGGCGUCGGUGCUCGUGCCCUCCCUCACCAUGUUCCCAUCGCCCUUCCCCUGGAAUUCCCAGACCCAGCUGCGCAUGCAAGCCGUGCAAGACAGGAAGCAGCCUGGGAAGUUUGCAGUGAGCCUCUUUGGAUUCGCUCGGAAUAACAACUACCUGAUCAACAAGCUUGAAGGGAACGCAGAUUCCGAGUACAACAUGGCCACCAUUGUGUCGUGUGAUGGCGGCCAGACGUGUCAGCAGCAAUAUCCUGUCCCGCCUAGCCACGCGUCAUCGUCACCCCUCCUGACAUCCACCAUGGAAAUCACCUAUAGAGUAGGCCGCGGCAGCCGCCUGGCUGCUGUGCUAGCGUGCGUCGCGGUGUGGUGCGCGGCGUGGCAGCGCGCGCGAGCGGGGGACACAUACUUCUGCCAGGAGCUGGUGAAGGAGACGGUGGGGGCGUGCCCCGACGUGCAGACGAGCAACACGUUCAUGGCGGAGUUUUUCCAGGGCAAGUGGUACGAGAUCGGGUCGACGGCGGAGUCGAAGCUGGAAGUGAGCGGCGAGCUGGGCAUGUCGUGCGUGACGUACAACUUCGUAUUCCGCGGCAUCAACCACAGCCUCAACAGAUUCAGCGUGGUGAAGCGCGGCAUCCGCAUGACCACGCCCGCGCGCCAGUCGCAGAUCCAGGGGCUCUCCAACUCCGCCACGCUGCAAGUGAGCAACGCGCAGCAGACGCUGUCGUGGGCGGAGCUCCCCAACGACGUCGAGGCGGACGUCAAGGUCGCGCUGGGCGACAUCGCGAAUUCCAUGGCGCAGGUUUCCGCGCGCGCGGAGCGCGCGUAUAACCUGCUGGCGCGGAUCCAGCAGCUGAACGCGCAGCUGAGCCAGAUGGACCGCGUGUUCUUCAUCUGGCAGACGAAGCAGAAGCUCGUGAGCGCCGUCAAGCAGCUGCAGAGGGAGUCGACGGCCAUCAACAAGGGGCGCGUGAGCAUCAUGAAGUCGGCGCAGAUCGCGACGCGGCGCGUCAACAAGGUGGAGAACAAGCUCGGCAACCUGCGCGGCAAACAAACGGUGAGCCCUCGUGGAGGAGAAGCGGCGCGGCGCUGCGCUCCAGAGGCCGCAGUUGUCCUGCAUUACACAAUAAUAUAUAUCCUUCCCCCCUCCUUCCACCGUCCCUCCCCUCAGCUGCUGCUGAACCUGAACGACAUUGUGGGGCUCACGCGCAACGUGAGUGGGUUUGGGCGCGCGACGGGGCGCAUGGGCGCAGCGACGGCAUCAAUGCGGCCGAUGGCGGGGCUCAUGUUCUCCAACCCGCUCGCCAUGCGCUUCUCCUACUCCGCCAUCGGCGCCGUCACGCAAGUGGAAGCCUCGCAGGUGGGCAAGAUGCAGGUGACGUACGGCAACGGGCGGGGCGUGGUGGAGAACAUGUGGGUGGCGGGGCUGUGGGGCAACCAGGCGCUGUCAGACUCGUACAGCAUGGCGCUCAUCUACUCGUGCUUCGUGCCGCCCGCUAACAUUGGCUCGGGGAGAACAAGCGCGAUCUCCUUCCGCCUUCUGUCCCGCUCCCCAUCCGUCUCUCAAGCGGAUGUUGACUCGGCGCUGCAACUGCUGGAGCAGCAAGGGGUCCCAAUGGGUGGACCCAACCCUUAUGUGCCAACCUUCCAACUGGGCUUGCCAAUCAAGAGGGCGAUUUGCGCCCACCAUGUUGCAAAUCCGCACCUGCGCCAUGUUGAUCUUUCUCGCUGGUGCUUCACUCGCUUCGGGAUUCGCCCCGACCGCAUCACUAUUGGGCGCGUGCUCAAGGGUGCCGACCGUUGGGUGCGACCUGAUGGGGCCGCCGACGUCAUCCGUGUGCGCGGAGGCGCACAUUCCGAGCUCGAGUGCGCAAUGGCUCGAUGGAUCGCCAAUGCGGGCCCGGCUGGCGUGCCUCUCACUCUCGCAACAAUCUGCGACCAUGUGGCGACAAUGGCGCGGAACAGUGGGAUUCCGCCCACAUUUCGCUGCUCCAUAGGCUGGGCCCGUCGUGCUCUGCGCCGCCAGGGUGUCCGUUGCAUGAGCGCCGUUGGCAAGGCGGCCGACCAGGACACGACGUCCAUCCGAACGACCAAGGAGAAACUCCCGCAGCUGUUGAUGCAUCUUUCCGUCACUCCGAGCGACACCUUCAACUUCGACGAGACCGCUUUGUUCCUCUCGAUCCUGCCGCGUAAGACGGUCUCAUCUCAAUGGCGAAGGCGCGGUACCGUGCGCACUGGCUCCGCGCCUUUACCGGCAUGUGGUGUGCCGACAGCGCAACUACCGCGGCUGCGCCGCUGGUGGUGGCGCACCGGAUGUCUUCCCCACGUGUGGGCCAUGUCUCUCCCACACGUGGGGGUCGGGAACGGCAACAACGGCGGCGCAGGCGGCGGCGGUGCGAAUGUGGCCGACAUCGGCCUCGAUGCAGAGGUUGACGGCGUCGGCCUCCUCAUUGACCAUUUGCGUCUCGGGCCGAGCGCGAUGGCCGCCGCCGAUUUCGUGAACGUCGACGCCAACCAGCCCACCUGCGCCGAAACGGGGGAGGACCCGCUUGCAAGGGAGCCCGCGUCGACGGCGACACCCGCAAUGUGGGAGGCGCAUGCUAAGAUGCAGGCUGUCUACGACGACAGCAACCCUGCGUCGCGCGAAGCGCACCGCACCGCUCGCGCAGCGUGCGAGAUGCUGAUUGACUGGGUGGCGCAGUCGGCCCGCCGCCAGGAGCUGAUUGACGCCGGUGCACCCGCCGUGAUGAGCGGAUACCUGGCCGCUGCAGAGUGGAUGUGGCUGUGA